AUGGCCGUCAGCAACAUGUCGGCGUCUCUUCCGUCUCUCUACCUCCUCGUCUGCUUCCUUCAGGUUCUCACCCGAGGACAAGUGAUCCGGGCUCCUCAGCACCAGGUGUUCUUGAGGUCCAGGCGGGCCAACAUGUUCCUGCUGGAGGAGAUCCUGCAGGGGAACCUGGAGCGCGAGUGUCACGAGGAGACGUGCGACUACGAGGAGGCGCGCGAGUACUUCGAGGACAAGGACAAGGCGGUCGCUUUCUGGUCUGUUUACGUCGAUGGGGACCAGUGUGACUCCGCCCCCUGUCUCCACGGAGGGAACUGCACCGAUAGAGUGGGGGGGUUCAACUGCUCCUGCACGCCCCCCCACCACGGACUGGCCUGUGAACUAGAGCUCUCCGGAUGCCCGACCGAGGGGCCGACGGCGUGCCACCAGCUGUGCUCGCCGUCCUCUCGCUCCUUCAGCUGCUCCUGCGUGCCGGGAUUCAAACUACAGACCGACGGGCGGAGCUGCCUCCCCGAAGCGGCGUUCCCCUGCGGACGGCUUCCUGACGAGUUCAACGCCACGCCGUCCAGCGGUCCCUGGCAGGUGUCGCUGCUGAGCAGCGGAGGGCAGGAGCUGUGUGGCGGUGUGGUGCUGGGGCGCCGCUCUGUCCUGACCGCCGCCCGCUGCCUCCUGAUGGGCUCGCCAUCCGACCUCCGACCCUCCAACUUCGUCGUGGUCGCCGGCAACGAGAAGACGCUCAUCCCCGUCCGGGCGCUUUACGUCCACAAUGGUUUCCGUACAGAUCAACAAGACAACGAUCUCGCCCUCCUUGAGCUGGCCCACCCCCUUUCCUUCGGCCCCGCCGCCAUCCACCUUUGUCUGCCUGACAAGGACUUCAGCGAAAACAUCCUAAUGCAUUCUGGGAGGUCGGGCGUCACUACGAGCCGGGGCAGCGGGCGGACACAGGAACUAGUCUACAUGACGCUGGACGAGUGCCGCGUGCAGUCGAACGUCUCGCAUCCACUCAGUAACAAAAUGUUCUGCAUGAGGAGCCAGGAUGGACCUUCAGGGAACCAGAAUGGACCUUUAGGGAACCAGAGUGGACCUUUAAGGAACCUGAGCCAAGCCCAGGAGAGGCUAGUUGGACUCACAGUGGACCAGAACCAGAAUCCCGCCCACAAUGGGACAGAAAACUAUAACAAGUCAAAGAUUCAGAAUCAGCAGUCCUUAGAAUCUGACCGCCGUUCAAGGUCAGAGGUCAGCGCCCGGCGAUGCGGAGGCCUACCGCCGGGGACGGCGGUCGCCACGGUGGAACGAGGGACAGCGUUCCUGACGGGGCUGCUGAUGUCAUCGCCGUCCAGCUGCGACGGCCUGGUGUUCAGCAAACUGUCCCGUUACCUGAGCUGGAUCAGACCGAGGCUGGAGGCGGCCGAGGAUCACAUGACCACGCAGGUCCACCAGUAUCCUGAGCACCGCUGAAGGACCCGACAACCGCCAUCUUUAAAACUCUCUUAAAAUACUAAUUGUUGUAAAAUGAUGAAUCAGCCGUUAUGCUGACGAUGUUCUUCUCUUUGUUCAUAAUAAAUAUUUGAACAGAUAAAGAGUUC